CUCCCCACCUUUUCGAAACCACCUCCUCGGCUCCGAUGGCAAAGAAGGCUUCCACUCCUCCCUUUUCCUCCCCCUCCCUAGAUCGCACCGAAGCCGAGCUCCCCUCCCGCCAAAGCGAAGCGGACUGCAGAAUCCGUCCCCGUCGCACGAUCUGAUCGAUCCCUCGGUUCUGACGGCCGGGGCAAUGCUUCGGGGAUCGAGCUCCUGCUGAUCACGGUGAGACGGCCCACUUGGAUCCGCUCGAUUUCAGCCUUUCCACGCUGUUUUCCGCGGUUAGUUUUGAAUUUCGUCCUGGCAUCUUCUGAUUGCUACGAGCGUUAGAUGAAGUUUGUACUAAUCUAUGGAAGUGGAUGGCUCACACGAUGCUCUAGUUAAUAAGAGUGAAGAUAAUGUCUUCGAUAAGAAAGGCAGUUCAGAUCCUGUAGUUUACCAGCUAGUUCGGGUUGAAGGCGAUGGAACACUUGUUCCUGCUACAGAGGAUGAUGUUUUGCAAUUUGAACAUUUUCUUCAUGAUGAGAAGGUUGGUCUUCCUUCUAUUGAAGAUUUAGGUCAUGUGGAGAAAUUUUUCAGCAAUGAUCGCAUGUUACUGAAGAAGUCAGACUUGGAAGAGGGCUCUUCCAAAUUGGAGACUACAGAAUUAUGGACACAAAAGUUGGGUGCUGACUUAGAGAUGGAUAUCACUGCACAGGAAAACAGGUUACAUUCGGUGGAUGAUUCCCUUAGUCCUCCCUCAAAGUGUACAGUUGUUCAUGGUCAACGGCUAGAUAAAUUGCACAAAGACCAAGGGGACAACAGCAUCUCCCAACAGGACAAUGCUUCAACUGAGACUACAAAAUCAACAGUUUUAAAUGACUCUCGCAUUGCUGAAAAGGACAAGGCUGAUGCCUGCUCAAGACCUGUAGAUGACACAUGUACAGGACCAUCUGUUUCUGGAGUUACCAGUUCAGUGCCUGAUUUUUCCAUUUUAAGAGGAGAAGUCUGCUUGGAUGAUCUUACAAUUAGAGAACUUCAGGAAGCAUUUAGAGCCACAUUUGGGCGGCAGACUACCGUCAAGGACAAGCUAUGGCUCAAAAGGCGGAUUUCAAUGGGCUUGACCAAUUCUUGUGAUGUUCCAAGUUCAGGUUGUGUAGUUAAAGAUUAUAAAAUUGUUAGCAAGGAUGCCAAACAAGAGAUACCAAACACGGAUGAAAUAGCAAAGAUUGAGCUUCAAGCUACUCCUUUGGUUAGGGAUCAAGUCAUAGAUCCAGGAAACAAAGGAGACUCACCAUCUAGCUCUUACUAUCAGAGUGGGGACCAACAAGGAUCUUCCAAGAGGCUUAAAAGAGUACCAAUAAAUAACGAUGAACCACAAGGAACUCUCCUGGCCAAACAAUGUAGUAAUAAGAGAGCUAGAAAGCCAACAAAAAGAUACAUUGAGGAGCUUUCAGAUAUUGAGACUUGUGACUCCACUGGAAAACUUUCGGUACCAGCAAAAAGGCCUGCACAUGAUGAGGUGUUGCUGAAACCGCGGGGAGCACCUUUCUAUGAGGUUGAUUCAUUGAGUACAAUCUAUCCUACUAGAAAGGAUAUUCUUGGAGGAUUUAGUGUACAUGUUCCUUAUGUUUCAAGGAUGAGAAGGGGGCGCCCUAGGAAGGACUUCAUUUCAUUUGUGGAUCAGAAACCUUCUAUGGAAUGUAGUGGGGUUCAGACAGCAGUUGGGAUGAUGUUGGCAAAAGAUGGGGAAGAGGAGAACCACGUGAGGAAAGCAUUUGAAGUUCCACUAAUGGUAAAUGCUGAGAAAGGAGGACAUAUAGAAGCAGCUGAUAAUAAGGGGGUUCAGAACCUACAAGCAAACGUUUACAAUGUUGCUGCCAAGCCCAAAAUAAAGCGGGGUUUGACGCGGAAGCAUCAUCGAGCAUGGACACUGUGUGAGGUCAUGAAGCUGGUUGAUGGUGUGGCUCGGUAUGGAGCUGGCAAAUGGUCUGAGAUUAGAAAAUUGGCCUUUGCCUCUUAUUCUUACCGCACUUCAGUGGAUCUCAAGGAUAAAUGGCGGAACCUGAUCAGGGCCAGCCAGACACAGCUUCCAACGCAAAAAGAUGGUGGUUGUCCACGGAAGAACAAUCCUUCUAUCAUACCAAUACCACCAUCUAUUUUGUUACGAGUAAAGGAACUGAAUGAGCAGCAGUCUCAAGGGGGCGGCUUCCCAGGGCCAAUCAAGCUCUCUGGGAACAACAAGGUUGUACAGGGAAAAGGGUCAGGAUUUUUGUGAUCCGUGGCUCUCUGGGCAGAGCAACAAGGUUGCACAGGGAAAGGGUCAGGAUCUUUUGUGAUCCGUGUAAUGCAGAUAGAGAAAAGAAAAGGCUAGCAAGAUAGUAGUACGCUUUUGGACGAUGGUUAGUACAUAUUGUUACUACGAACUUGUGGUCCACUCACGUUAGCCAUCGGCAAAAUGUUCUGUACAAAUGCAGUGAGCGUUUUCUCUGGUC